AUGCCCGACUACGGCUCAAAAGAUUUUGACCGUGCAUACAAAGUUCGGCCAUUGAUAGAGAUGAUGAACGAGAGGUUCCAGGCCCACUACUCGCCAUCCAGUCACCUCGCUGUCGAUGAGAGCAUGAUUCUGAAAGAGUAUGCAGAAGCCAGAAGACAGAACCUUGGGCGAACACGUUGUCCUGACUUUGGCCGAUGGUGCCGCCCUGCUGGCUCGCAGUUAUUUUUUGAUAAUUUCUUCAGCUCCACUAAGCUGCUUCAAGAGCUGCGAGAGAAAGACAUCCUUGCUUGUGGCACAUUUAGAGUGAACAAGAGGGAUCUGCCAUCCGAAGUCAAAGUUGACAACAAGCUGGAGCGAGGGUCCUACAUUUGGAGGAAGAAGGCUGAUGUGGUAGCCUACCAAUGGCGAGACUCUAAAAAUGUGCACAUCAUGUCCAACUAUCAUGACCCAGAAAGCGUCGUGCAGGUCCAGCGAACCCUUCAAAACGGGAAGAGAAAGGAAGUGGACUGUCCAUGUGUUGUGAAAGAAUACAACGCAUGGAUGGGAGGGGUUGAUAAAUUUGACCAGAAAAGGAAUGCCUAUCCAGCGGACCGCCGUUCAAAGCGCUGGUGGAGCCGUAUCUUUUACUUCAUUUUGGACGCAGCGGUGGUCAAUGCUUUCAUUCAAAUUUCCUCCAUGAGUCCUGCCACCUAUCUGCAGUUCCGCCUGAUGCUUGGGCGUCUCCUGAUUGCCCAAAACACGUUUCGAAAAUCAAAAACAACGCUGAAAGCCCACCACAACAAGAAAGGCAAGAAGAAUGGGCGCGCAAUGAGUGGUGUACCAGAUGAACUCCGAUUUGCCGGAAAUGGUCACCACCCCGUCCUCACUGGGAAACGACUGCGGUGCCGGUGGUGCUCUACAAAGCAGAAGGAAGUGCGCACCAAAUACCUCUGCAAAAUGUGCAAUGUGCCACUAUGCGUCACUUGCUUUGGCCCGUUUCACUGCUGCUGACAAUUUGACUGAAGUGGAUGGUGGGACAUACCCUGUCCCACAUAGUGAAUACAUGCUAUGUGGUUAGUGGGACAUACGCUGUCCCAC